AUGGGGAAUUCAGUCUUUCCAGAGUACAGCAGCAAAACAUCUUAUGGUGUUAGUAGGGCAUGUGAACUUCCUGCUAGGUGCUCUGGUCCAUGGUGUGGUACUGAGACACUUCAGCCUUCAGCGGGGACAGGCCAUGGAAAGCGCCAUCUCGAACGUCAUCGCCCAGUGGGCCUGCUGGGUGUCAUUAUUGGGAUAUUGACUAUAGUUCUGUCCAAAAACAGGAAGAACAGGGUGCUGACUUGGUCAGUGUUUGUGUCAAGCGCUGUAGCUGUUCUGGUGGCUGCCGCUUCAGUCAUCGGACUGAUGGUGUCUUUGGUAAAGACCAUCAUUCAUGGCGACAAGAGAUUGCUUGCUUACUGCAGCUACAGUGAUGGCAGGAGUCACCUAACCAUCGCCAAUGAGUGUCCUUUUGACCCCACACGUAUUUUUAGCACCACGAUAGUCCUGUGGGUCCCACUGAUACUAAUGAGUGCAGUGGAUAUGGUGUUCUCAUGCCGCUUAUUUAAGGUCUCCAUCUCCUACCUCGGUCUGCCCUGGUGCCUCCGCAAACAACAUUUACAAGAUGAGAGCAGAUUGAUGAAAACCCCAAGAGCAGCCGAGCCCUGUUAUUCACCCUCAUCCCGACGUUUCCAAGAAGAUGAGGAGCGGAAGCUGUCCGUUAUUAGACCCCCAGAGCGGCACAGGCCACCCUACAACUCACGACCGCACAGCUCCGUGUCCUACGGUCAGUACCGCCAGCACCACUCCGCAUCCCCGUUCAACCGGGCGGCGCUGGAAAGGUCCAGUAUCUGGAUCUGAUUAUGAAGCGGACCAUGGCUCUGGCAUCAUUCAGGGAUCAAGUGCAUUUUAAACACUUCUGAAGAAAGGUGAAUGUUACACUGGUGCUUGUGCAGGUUGGAUCUGAUGUUUUGUCACUCAUGUAUUGCAACUUUGCGUAUGUGUUGUGUUGAUACACUAAACAUACCUUUUUAAAAACUUUUAUGCUGUCUAGAGAAAGUGUACCUGUGUCAGGUUUUGCAUACAUUGGAGGGUCAAAAAUUCCUCAAAAUCUAAAAUCACCAGCAUCAAUUUAAUAAACGUACUAAA